UGUGUAUACGCGCGCGUACUACGUACGUGCACAGACAAAGCGCUGAAGAGAAACACCGUUCACUGUUGUGGUAAUCGGCGUUCCCGAGCAUUAAGUUUACUCUUUAAAAAAUCGCCAAAUUUCAAGGUAUUAGAAGAAACAUUACCAGUGGGACAUUUUGAACGGAUUUCCCGACCAAAAUGGGGGUAGUAGACAAGAACAGCAAUUCUAACUCUGAACAUAAUCAUCGUUCGAAUGGAUCAAAUUCCGGGGGUGCCAACUCAAAUGGUCACCCGUCGGAGGAAAGCGGGACGAGUAGCUCUGGAGAAGAUGAUAAUGAGCCCGGAAUGCGUGUUGGUUCUGAAUAUCAAGCUACUGUUCCCGAACUCCAACCUGAUGUUCCUGUCGGUCGCCGUGGAGACAGCAGGCCAGAGGCUCUGCUUGUGUGGACGCCGAGCCCGGAAAUUCCAGAUCCAAAAUUGGAUGAGUACAUCAGCGUGGCUAAGGAGAAGUUUGGCUACAAUACCGAACAGGCAUUAGGCAUGCUCUUCUGGCACAAGCACAGUGUUGAGAAGUCUCUAGCAGACCUGCCCAACUUCACACCGUUCCCUGAUGAAUGGACAGUGGAAGACAGGGUCCUCUUUGAGCAGGCUUUCAGCUUCCAUGGCAAGAGUUUCCAUCGUAUCAGGCAAAUGCUGCCUGACAAGUCCAUUAGCAGCCUGGUCAGGUAUUAUUACCAAUGGAAGAAGACACGAACACGCACCAGUCUCAUGGACAAGAAGAUUGGCAAAUCUUCAGCAGCCCCCACUACUCUGAAAGAAGGAGGAACUGGAGGAGGAGACGAAGAGCCUCCUAAAGAAGCGGAACCAGCAGAGAGUAUGGAGACUGAUAAACCUGCUGAAGCUGUCAAGGAUGCAGCAGGAGGGACUUCAAGUAAGAGUGUGUGUGGUAACUGUGCUAGUUCAGUCACUCAGCUGCAUACUACACCUAAAGGACAGUUAUGUAAUGCCUGCUACAGCUACUGGAGACGCACAGGCGUGAUGCGGACCCACGUGGGCCCGGUGAGAAACGAGAUCCAGACCCACCAUCGCCAUCACCCCAUGAGGAUGAAGAAGAAGCCUCCACGAGGGAUGUACGUGGAUCGUGAUGACCUCCUUGCCAUGGCAACCACACAGGCCGAUGCCAUCUUCAAGGGCCUGGAUGCAGACAUUGUUAAUCUAAAACGCCAGCUCCAGGGCAACAAACAAAUGGUAGGUCAGCAGAAGGAGAAGAUGAUAGACAUUGAUACCCUCCGUCCCCCUGAACCUGCCCAGCGUAACAAAUCAAGCUGGACCAAUGAUGAACAACUGCUAGCUGUACAAGCCAUUAGGAAGUAUGGCCAGGACUUUGAGGCGGUAGCCGACGUGAUUGGGAACAAGAAUGCUGCACAGUGUCGUGCCUUCAUGGUGACCUUCAGAAGACGGUUUAACCUUGACAAGGUCCUGGAGGAGUAUGACGCAGAGAGGAAAGCUCGAGGAGAUACCACUGAGUCGCCUGUAAGUAGCGCUAUCACUCAGCCAUCAGUCGUUGCCCCCCUGGCUGUACCCGUCAUCUCCAGUGCCCCACCCCCUCUGCAUAGACCCACGGCAGCACCGGCCCCCGUUGUAGCUCAAGCACCCGCGUCACAGAAGCCCCCACCUCUGCAAACACAACCAAGAUUCCUGCACCCUCGAAGUGCCCUCCAGCAGCCUCCACCCCUGAGACCCAGCAUCACAGCAAUCUCCGGCCCCCUUGCCCGCUCCAGACCUCCCAUCAUGGGCCCCCUGUCGGGUCACCCUCCCACCCUGGGAGCUGCUACACAGAGGGAGCCAUCACCACAAUAGAUCUGCCUCAUGCACUAGGACCACACCCCCUUAGGGCUGCAACCGUAAUUUUCUAGAAUUUAGGUGAUAUCCUCCAUUCAUCUACCAUACUAUUUAUUUGCCCCUUCUUUUUGCAAAAAAGGCUGUAGCCUCCCUAUUUGCUGUAUCAUUUGCAUUACAGCCACUUUGCUCCAAUCUCAAUUUAUUUCUUUAUGAUCCAUCACCAGUUGAUGAACUUCAUCUUUAAGAAUGAAGAUUAUUUUUGUAGAGUAGUGUUUUUUUCAAUGCAAAUUGUGCUAUUUUACACUUUGGUACUUUCUGUACUUCAGAGGAAUGAAUCUUCUGUAUUGAAAGAUUACAAGAUGAAAAAGUUUAUGGCUUAAGUUACAAUUUCACCAUUUUGUUCAAUUUUAUUUUCUGUAGACCCCAGCUCAAGUUAUCUCAGGCAUAGUAUUCAGAGUUAAUGCAUUUUGUUUUUCAUGUUAGGUCAUGUAUAUUUUUUUGGAAUGGUCAGUUUUGAACUGGGUGAUUAUCUGAGCUGUUUGUGUAGCUCAAACACACAUUAUCAAAAUUAUGAUGCCCUGUCCGAUUAACUUUGCUCUUUUUCUAAUUCUGUGAUAUAUAUAUAUAUAUAUAUAUGUAUAUUAGGAUCACACUCUUUGUAGUACAUGUUUACACACUAUUCAACCUCUAUAUGGAGAGGAUUUUGUAUUUUCACUUUGAGUUAUACUCAAUUUUGAAUAUUUUCCUUCGAAUUAGUUGAUAGAUAAUGAGGACAAUGUAAUGGAUCAUUUUUGAUUACUUCUACUUGAAUUAAGUGAUUUUGGAAGAGAGAAUGAUUAUAAAUGAUUACUUAUAUAGAGUCACAAGUAUUAGGGUAAAUCUAAGAUUGUAUAUAGUUAUAUUACCUUAAUUUAUCAAAUGCUGAAAUAUAAGUGAAUUAGAGCUGUUGAAACAAGAUGAUGAUUCAGGUUUGAAUCCUUACUGACAAUUUCUUUGAGAACAUAAUGGAACAGCUGCAGAUCAACCGAGUCUAGAAUAGACCCUUUUUUAAACUCAUAUUUGUAGACUUACCACUUUUUUAGAAACUUUUCAUAUGAAUGCCUUUUAUAAUUACACUGGAGGAAACCCUUGUUGAAAAUGUGUUUCAAAAUACAGGUAGUGUGUGCUUGUUUGGAAAGGGGUUUCAUGUAUUAAAAACCAGUUCUUUGUUGGUGCCUAAUUCAUUUGCUGAUUUUGAAAGGAAAUAUUAACUCUGAUUCCCUCAAUAUAAUUACUUUGUGAACAAUCAUUUGAUAUUUUUGUAUGAGAAGAAAUUUGAUUUGAUACAAUAGAUGUAAACAUGUGGACAGAGGAAGUUUAUGGAGAAGAGGGUGAAGUGUAGAUAAGUUGGGAGAAAUUGUUUCUCCAUUAUUGUGUACUAGUCUAUAAAGAUAUGAGUGAUUUUUGUGUUUCUGAUUAUAUUUGUAAAUAUAUAAAUUAUGAGAGUUGUUUGUUACAUACAGCCUUAUGCGUUCUUACCAGGUUAGUUCUGUCAAAAAGACUUCAAUAUUCAGGAUAUAUUUAUGGUUGAGUGGAAGAUGACAGCAAAGGUUGAUUUGCAGACAUAUGUGUACUCCACUUUUAACACAGUUCAAUUUAUGACAAACAAAUCUCAUUUCUAAUUUACAAUAAUAAUAAUACAUAAUAUUUAUUAGGCGCUUAAUACUGGUGUCUCUAAGCGCACCAUAUUCUGACAUAUAAAGUUAUAUAAUUAAGUUAUAUAAUUUAUAUUAUAUAAUUUAAGUUAUAUAAUUUAUAUUAUAUAAUUUAAGUUAUAUAAUUUAUAUUAUAUAACUUAAUUUGGCAACAGUGAAUUCAUCACAUAUAGAUGUCAUUCUUGAUAACAUUGUGGUAAUUGACAAACAGAAGCUACUGAAGAUAUCUAUGAUAAUGGUUCUUUUUGCUAGGAUGGAAUUCUGUAUUUUUUUACAUAAAGAUUGGAGAUUCAGGAGAGGGUAUUUAUUAAGUAGCUUCACUUCGUAGAUAUCAAUCCUUUACAUGUUAAAGCAUGAGUUGGUGCUUUUUUUAAAAUUUCCUUUGUAUUCACUCUACAGGCAUGAAGCAUGCAUACACAUGCUAACACCCACACUUGUCAGUAGAAUUUUUUUAGAAAGCACAAUUUUCAAAAUGUAUAGGUACAGAACUGCUGCAAUGAAUUUCUGCUGCCCGUACUACAUUUUGGGGUAUAAAUCAGUUCUGUUUGCCUGUACAUGAUUUACAAAUGCAUAUGUAGGUUUGAGGCCGAAAUUGUGCAUAUUUACUGUUUUUCAUACUUCUGUACAUGAUGGUAAUUUUCUAGACUCAGUAAAUUUUGCAGCCUUUUCUUACAGAACAAGUUUUUGUAUCAUUGACGAAGAAAUGUUAUUUGAGAUUAGACAAGUACAUAACUAUACCAUGAAAUAGCUGUACUGUAGUAAUUUAUUGACUAGUCAUAGUCUUGAUUUGUAAACAUUACUAUGAAGGCAUUAAGUGUGAGUGGAAACACAUUCCUCUUGCCAGUAUUUUGACAACAUGGAUUUUCUAUGUACAAAUAUCUUUAAAAGCAUGGGGCUGUCUAGGCAGUCCUUUCGAUAUUCACUUUUGAUUUUGUAGAGAGAUGCAUUGAUAUGAAAAUGGUGUAAUCAAAUCAGAUUUCAUUUACAUAUCUGAUGUGAAAGAAUUGAAGUUUCUAUUUGCAAGUCUUUUGUAAUUAUAUAUAUAUUAUUGUUAUUGUAAAA